AUGUGCACACAACUAGCCUCAGAAAGCAAGCUUAGGACUUGCAGCCGGACGCGGCUGAGAGUGUUCCUUUGCACGAGAGCCAUCUGCGGAUAUGUAUUUUGUUCUUCCAGGGAAGUGAGCAGAGGUAAGUUGUCGGGGGGUUUUAAAAUAAAGUACAAAUAACUGGCCAGAAAGCAAGCAGAGUAAUGUUUAAUGACACAUAUGCUGAAGCCAAAGCUAGCUGAAGGAAUGAGCUUGCCAGCAACGACUGGAACAUGUCUGUUACUGAAGCAUUGGUUUCCACUUCCUCUGUCUUUUAUGUGUUGAAAUGCAGCAAAGCCAUAAUCUCUUUCCUGUGUCGAAGAUCCAGUGCGGGGGCCCCCCUGGCUUAGAGUAAAUUCAAAGGAUGUAAGCGUAACUCACUGAAGAUGACAAGACAAGUAAUAUGGCACUUCCUCCUAGGUGCUGUUAAGAAAAGGAGAGCAGUUUUACUUGGUGGGUUGUCAGGGGAGGAGAACGGAUAUUCAGGACAAACUAAAAGUUAUGUAGAUUUAGUUGCAAUCUCAACCCAUUUUAAUAGCAUCGGUGGGUUUGUUUCUCUUCCUUUUCUCAUUAUAACAAUAUACCGUAUUUUUUGCUCUAUAAAACUCACUUUUUCCCUCCUAAAAAGUAAGGGGAAAUGUGUGUGCGUCUUAUGGAGCGAAUGCAGACUGUGCAGCUAUCCCAGAAGCCAGAACAUCAAGAGGGAUUGCUGCUUUCACUGCGUAUUGAUCCCUCUUGCCGUUCUGGCUUCUGAGAUUCAGAAUAUUUUUUUUUCUUGUUUUCCUCCUCCAAAAACUAGGUGCGUCUUAUGGUCUGGUGCGUCUUAUAGAGCGAAAAAUACGGUGAAUAUUCUAAACCUGAUCAAAUAGGCACCCUUUAUUUAAGCAAAGGGUUUUUUGUUCUCUUUGAUGUGGGCAGCUAGCAUGUAGGCCCAUUUGCACCGCCAUUUUUAAUGUGUCUACUCCAGAGUAAGUUCCACUGAAUUCAAAACUCAAUGGAGCUUACUCCCAGGUAAGUGAAUAUAUGAUUGCACCCUGAAUUGUUUGUAACUACAGGAGUUUGUGACACAGUGCUCGGGAAUCUCAUUUAGUGGGACUUGUUUACAGCUAAGCAUGUGUAAGGUCAACCAAGUUGUUGAAGCAUCUUAAAAAGGAUGCAAUUCCAGGGUAUGGUGUGAAGGUGCAUGAGACCAUCAACUUGCUAUGGCUAAACAGGUCUGGGUCCGGUCAGUGCCUGGAUGGCUGACUAUCUGGGAAUUACAUGUAAGCUUCUUGGGUUCCAUAACAGAAGAAAGGGGGGUAUAUAAUUAUUCUCAUGUAGUAUAUGCAGUUGUUAAAACCAAUACAUAAAAAAACUAUUUCUGGGGCAAACCUCCAACUCAUCCCUGAAAAUUGCCAAUACCAGUUCAACUAGACAGCAUAAAAAAAUUUAAGGCAGUGGUUUCCUAAUAAUUAUAAUAAUAAAUAAUUUUAUUAUUUAUAUCCCGCCCAUCUGACUGGGUUUCCCCAGCCACUCUGGGUGGCUCCCAACAGAAUGAAAAGCACAAUACAGUGGUACCUCGGGUUACAUACACUUCAGGCUAAAUAUGUUUCAGGUUACAGACUCCGCUAACACAGAAAUACUACCUCGGGUUAAGAACUUUGCUUUAGGAUGAGAACAGAAAUCGUGCAGCGGCAGCGCAGAGGCCCCAUUAGCUAAAGUGGUCUUCAGGUUAAGAACAGUUUCAGGUUAAGAACAGACCUCCGGAACGAAUUAAGUUCUUAACCUGAGGUACCACUGUAAAACAUUAAUCAUUGAAAACUUCCCUAAACAGGGCUGCCAUGUGCUAGAUUGAUAUCAAACAUUCCCAUAUUUAGCAGGGUGUAUUUAAGUGGGCUUAGGUAAAUGAACUUAGAAUCUUCCCUUUGCUUGGGACCCCACUGUAAUUAUUAUUAUUAUUUUAUUAUCAUUUAUUUGUUUGUUUGUUUGUUUGUUUAUACCCCACCUUUCAAGAGUUGAUUUUAGUUAUUUUAUUUCAUAAAACUUAUACACUGCUUAAGUGCAAAAACAUCAAAGCUAUUUUACAUAAAAAGCUUCCAGUUGCAGGAAUGAUUCUACGUGAACCCCUGCCUUCUCAAAAUCCCCUGUGCAUUAAUGUCUGUGGAAUAAAAAGUUUGACAAUGAAUCAAUAGAUAGAUAUAGGUUCAAACAUAGACCAGCAACCUGAGAUUAUUAGGACAUAAGAACAGUGGAACAGAUUCCCAUGGAAGGUUGUGGACUCUCAUCCCUUAGAGGUUUUUAAGCAGAUUGGAUGGCCAUCUGCCAUGGGUGUUUUUUGAGAUUCCCACAUUGCAGGGGGUUGGACUAGAUGACCCUUGGGGUCCCUUCCAGCUCUACAAUUCUAUGGUUCUGUGAAAAGCCAAUGGCCCAUCUGAUCCAGCAUCCUGUUCCCACAGUGUCCAACCAGAUUUCUGUGGGAAGCAUGUAAACAGGAUUUGAACCCAAGAACAUCCCUCCCCUCCUUAGUUUUCCAGCUGCUGGUAUUUAGAAGUGUUGCUGUGAAGGCAAAGCAUAGCUCUCAUGGCUAGUAGCCAUCAAGAGCCCUUUCCACCUCCAUGAAUUCGUCUAAAUGUUUUGUAAGGUAAGGGGACCCCAACCAUUAAGUCCAGUUGUGGCCGCCUCUGGGGUUGCGGUGUUCAUCUCACUUUAUUGGCUGAGGGAGCCGGCAUACAGCUUCCGGGUCACGUGGCCAGCAUGACUAAGCCACAUCUGGCAAACCAGAGCAGUGCACGGAAAUGCUGUUUACCUUCCCGCCAGAGUGGUACCUAUUUAUCUACUUGCACUUUGAUGUGCUUUCAAACUGCUAGGUUGCCAGGAGCAGGGACUGAGCAACGGGAGCUCACCCCGUUGCGGGGAUUCGAACCGCCAACCUUCUGAUCGGCAAGCCCUAGGCACUGGUGGGAUCGAGUGCCAUAGUUUGACCACGUUCUGGGUAAAGAAGGAUUUCCUUUUCAGGAUUUUCCCGAAUCUUCCAAUAUUCGGCUCAAUUGGAUGUCCAUGAAUUCUAGUGUUAUGGCAUCCUCUCACCAACUUGAGACAAACAAAAAAAUCAAAUACGUGUGUAGAAAUAUCUCUCUCAACUAAUCAUUUGCUGUGUUGAGGAGGGUCAGCUGGAGGGGGGAGUGAGGAACGUUGAAGAGUAUGUGGUUAUGCUUUGUGGAGGAAGGGAAGUCUCAGUACCCAACUAAUAGGUCAAGGAAGGUUGAUAAUAUUACCCCAGAUAACAGAGGACACCCCAUUACUCCCCCAUUCUUUUCAAAGCACUUCUAUUUUUCUUGCUCCCUCACUGUAUUUUUCAUUCCCCCAAAUUUCCUGUCUUCCUUCCUUCCUGUGUUAUUUUCCUUCCUUCCUUCCUUCCUUCCUUCCUUCCUUCCUUCCUUCCUUCCUUCCUUCCUGUGUCUUUCUCUGUUCAUUCUUAUUUUCUCUUCCAUCUUCCAUGUUCUUUCUUUCAGUUACAAAAAGUUUGAGGCUGGGUGGAAACGCUUAGAAUGAACUCACACUUGAAGUGGCCGUUAUGUUUCCUGUGGUCACACCAGUUUCCUCACCCACCCACCCCCACAUAACGUAGACAUGCUACAGGCACAUGCGAGUUUCUGAACCGGCAAGGGCGCAUGCUUGCGAGCCACAGCCACUUCCCACACAUGAGCAUGCUAGCUCAAAGCUCAUGUCCUUAGGUACUGCUGUAUAAUGUUGCCUGCCACCCCAGUCUCUGAGCAGUGCAAAAUUCCAGCCGUUCCAGGCACCUUAACCCAGGAUUUGGUUUCCUUCAGAAUGAGGAAUAGCGGAGAAAGUAGUGUCUUUAUGAUAUAUGGUAUACCCAUGGCAUCCUUCUUGAUGGCACUGCUCUCCCCAAAGAAGUUCGCCUGGUGCCUUCAUUGUAUACCUUUAGGCACAAGGCAAAAACGUUCCUUUUUAACCAGGCCUUUGGUUGACCUGAUCGACAUCCUAUACCCUUUUAAAAUGUGUGGUUUUUUGGGGGGGCUAUUGGGUUGUUGCUUUUAUUUUUAUUAUGUAUUUUGUGGUUUUACAUCUUGAUUUUAUUCCAUGAACUGCCCUGAGACCCCCGGGUUUAGGGGGGUAUAUAUAAAUUUAAUAAAUAAUAAUAAUAAUAGCCACAGCCUUGGAUUCCAGCAGCAACCAUGCCUGGUUCUGUCUCCCAGCCUGCAGUCUUGUCAGCUUCCAGUUUCCAGGUUCUAGCUCAUUAAGUUCAACUCUUAACUCUAGCCUUUCUCGUUCUAACAACCAGUGAGUUGAGGAAGGCCCACCCAUUUGAUAUCUGGCACAGAGCCACUUCCUUUGUUACCUUAAUGGCCCAUAUUUAGAGGGUCAUUACCUCACCAGGAAACAAGUCUUUCUAUACCAGGAAUUGAAUCCGUGCUGGAUCCAGGAAUCAGAAGGGGGCUCAGGCAUACAGCUGCCCCAACUCAUAACAAUAUUAUACUAUAUUAACUAUUAGGAAUUAUAAAAGAAACACUAGUGAGUUUAUAGAAGUGGAAACCACCCUAAGUAAUUAUUUGCUGCUGCAGCGUGUUUGGAGAUAAGACUCUUAAGAGUUUAUUCUCUUGUCCUGUGACUCAAGUGACCUGUGUUUACACUUUUAUACAAACAGGAUCUAACAUGGGAAAGGUAAUAAAAAGGGAGGAGCUUCUGUUUAGUUAAGUCUGAUAUAUUACCAGGUAACGGAUGAAAAAUUGUACUCAAUGCAUUUUUGCAUUUUUACAUGCUGGGUGAAACGGUCUGAAAAUUGUCAGCGAACAUUUAAUGUUCUCCCCUCCAUGCGUUGGAGGUAUCACCUGCACAUCCUACUCUUCCUGUGAACUAUACAUGAAAAAAAGGGAAGCGGGUGGAGCUGUGGUCUAAACCACUGAGCCUAGGGCUUGCCGAUCGGAAGGUCGGCGGUUCGAAUCCCUGCGGCGGGGUGAACUCCCGUUGCUCCGUCCCAGCUCCUGCCAACAUAGCAGUUUGAAAGCACGCAGUGCAAGUAGAUAAAUAGGUACCGCUCCGGCGGGAAGGUAAACAACUACCAGACUUUUAGAAGGCAUCUGAAGGCAGCCCUCUUUAGGGAAGCUUUAAAUGUUUAACAGACCACUGUAUUUUUAUUUUAUUUUAUUUUUAGACCACUGUAUUUUAAUACUUUGAUGGAAGCCGCCCAGAGUGGCUGGGGAAACCCAGCCGGAUAGGCGGGGUAUAAGUAAUAAAUUCUAUUCUAUUCUAUUCUAAACGGCGUUUCUGUGCACUGCUCUGGUUUUGCCAGAAGCAGCUAAGUCCUCCUGGCCACAUGACCCAGAAAAAUGUCUGCUGACAAACGUCAGCUCCCUCGACCAGUAAAGUGAGAUGAGCGCCACAACCCCAGAGUCGUCCGCGACUGGACUUAACUGUCAGAGGUCCUUUACCUUUAAACAUGAAAAUACAUUGAGUUCAGAGGACAAUAUUGCAACGACAUAGAUUAGAACGAAGGAAUUAGAAUUAGGGAGGGCUUCUAACUACAGUUCCCAUCAUCCCUGACCAUUGGCCAUGCUGAUGGAAACGGGAGUACAGUAACAUCUGGGAGGCCACAGAUUCCCUAACCCUGUAAUAGGGGAAGGUUUGGUUGCACGCAACCCCAAACUCUGAGUUGUGUAAUAUGUCAGGGGUUCCAGGCACUUAUCCAGCAUCUCUGUUUCCUUUUGGGAAUGAGGCACAACGGAGACUGCGGUGUCUUUAGGAUAUAUGGUUUAUUUACACAUAUAUACAGCCUGAGCCUACGGUGGAGGAGCUCACAGCAUCAACACCUCAGAAGGGUCGUGCUUCUCCUAUAGCUACAGCCUUGCAUUCAAACAGACAUCAAAUAUCAUUCUGUGCCUAUCUGGCUUUGUAGCUUGUUGCUUUCCUUCUAAUUCACAUCACAUCUUACUAAUCUCUCUACUCCAAACUCUGGUUUAGAGAGGAGACGUCUCACACCAAGCCCCUUGAUCCCUUGUUCUCUUAAUGGCCCAUCACCCAGGCGAUCACCUCAAAACAGGAAGGCAGCCCGUCUUAAUUAGCUGUUAACACUUCCUGAAUCCAGAGAUUAUAACUGUCUGGCACCCACAAAUUCAUAACAGUAUUAAAGGUAAAAACUCUGUGUUUACCAUUUUUGAUCAGGCUGGCUUUAUUUUUGAUAUAAUUUCUAGUUGUGCUCCAUCUUCCCCAGCCCCACUUUUCCAUUCAUUGACCUAUUUGCAGUUUGAGUUGUUCACUCUAUGAAAGGAAGAGAUCGUGGUGGCCAUUUUGUUCAAUAAAAGAGACCCCUUCCUUCUGCUGUGCUUCAGCAGCUACCUAAAGAGAGGUGGUUGCUAAAAGAUGAAGGAGAGCAAUGUUGAGAUAUGUUUUAUUUCUUUCAGAUUCAGGUGCGGGGCCGAAAUUGGAGACCAAACUAUAUGGUUGCUUCCUGAAAUGCUUCUGCAAUCAAAGCGGUGAAGAUGGAAAGAAAGAAAAGAGUCAUUGCUCCUCGUGGGACACAAGAAAAUGCAGAAAGCAGCAAAGGAACGGAUGGAAAUUCAGGAGCGCAACUGGAUAUGUUAGCAAAAGCACACGAGUGCUUUCAGAUCUGUGAUGUGGAAGGCAAAGGAUUCAUUGCUCGUUGUGACAUGCAGGUAAAGUGUACAAUGCGGCUUUGUGGAGCGUUGUGUCAUUUAAUUGACCAGGCAAUCUUCUGCAAAUCUAAAUUAUUUGUUGUUGUCUGACUUUAAGAUUUACAUUAACUGAAAUUCAUUUUUAUACGAGGAACAAUUUGUCAUUUCAGAGGCUUCAUGGUGAGUUACCUCUUAGUCUGGAAGAGCUGGAGAAUGUAUUUGAUACUCUGGAUGCAGAUGGCAAUGGUUCACUUACUCCAGAGGAAUUUUCCACAGGAUUUGGUAAGUUCUAAAAUGAAAAUGGUGCUUCAAAGACCUUUCAGAUGAUGAUGAUGAUGAUUUAUUAUUUAUACCCCGCCCAUCUGGCUGGGUUUCCCCAGCCACUCUGGGCAGCUCCCAGCAGAAUAUUAAAAACACAAUAAAACAUCAAACAUUAAAAACUUCCCUAAGCAGGGCUGCCUACAGAUGUCUUCUAAAAGUCAGGUAGUUGUUUAUUUCCUUGACAUCUGGUGGAAGGGCAUUCCACAGGACAGGUGCCACUAAGUAACCUUGUUUCUUGCAGUGAGGGAAGGCACUUGGAGCUGGCCCUCAGCGUCCGGGCUGAAUGAUGGGCGUGGAGACACUUUCAGCUAUAACAGGGCCAAUGACCUAUUGUUGUUGUUGUUGUUUAGUCGUUUAGUCGUGUCCGACUCUUCGUGACCCCAUGGACCAGAGCACGCCAGGCACUUCUGUCUUCCACUGUAUCCCGCAGUUUGGUCAGAUUCAUGUUUGUAGCUUCGAGAACACUGUCCAACCAUCUCGUCCUCUGUCGUCCUCUUCUCCUUGUGCCCUCCAUCUUUCCCAACAUCAGGGUCUUUUCCAGGGAGUCUUCUCUUCUCAUGAGGUGGCCAAAGUAUUGGAGCCUCAGCUUCACGAUCUGUCCUUCCAGCGAGCACUCAGGGCUAAUUUCCUUAAGAAUGGAUGCGUUUGAUCUUCUUGCAGUCCAUGGGACUCUCAAGAGUCUCCUCCAGCACCAUAAUUCAAAAGCAUCAGUUCUUUGGCGAUCAGCCUUCUUUAUGGUCCAGCUCUCACUUCCAUACAUCACUACUGGGAAAACCAUAGCUUUAACUAUACGGACCUUUGUUGGCAAGGUGAUGUCUCUGCUUUUUAAGAUGCUGUCUAGGUUUGUCAUUGCUUUUCUCCCAAGAAGCAGGCGUCUUUUAAUUUCGUGACUGCUGUCACCAUCUGCAGUGAUCAUGGAGCCCAAAAAGUAAAAUCUCUCACUGCCUCCAUUUCUUCCCCUUCUAUUUGCCAGGAGGUGAUGGGCCCAGUGGCCAUGAUCUUCGUUUUUUUAUGUUGAGCUUCAGACCAUAUUUUGCGCUCCCCUCUUUCACCCUCAUUAAAAGGUUCUUUAAUUCCUCCUCACUUUCUGCCAUCAAUGUUGUGUCAUCUGCAUAUCUGAGGUUGUUGAUAUUUCUUCCGGCAAUCUUAAUUCCGGCUUGGGAUUCAUCCAGCCCAGCCUUUCGCAUGAUGAAUUCUGCAUAUAAGUUAAAUAAGCAGGGAGACAAUAUACAGCCUUGCCGUACUCCUUUCCCAAUUUUGAACCAAUCAGUUGUUCCAUAUCCAGUUCUAACUGUACCUUCUUGUCCCACAUAGAGAUUUCUCAGGAGACAGAUGAGGUGAUCAGGCACUCCCAUUUCUUUAAGAACUUGCCAUAGUUUGCUGUGGUCGACACAGUCAGAGGCUUUUGCAUAGUCAAUGAAGCAGAAGUAGAUGUCUUUCUGGAACUCUCUAGCUUUCUCCAUAAUCCAGCGCAUGUUUGCAAUUUGGUCUCUGGUUCCUCUGCCUCUUCUAAAUCCAGCUUGCACUUCUGGGAGUUCUCGGUCCAUAUACUGCUUGAGCCUUCCUUGUAGAAUUUUAAGCAUAACCUUGCUAGCGUGUGAAAUGAGUGCAAUUGUGCAGAGGUUGGAGCAUUCUUUGGCACUGCCCUUCUUUGGGAUUGGGAUGUAGACUGAUCUUCUCCAAUCCUCUAGCCACUGCUGAGUUUUCCAAACUGGCUGGCAUAUUGAGUGUAGCACCUUAACACCAUCCUCUUUUAAAAUUUUAAGUAGUUCAGCUGGAAUACCAUCACUUCCACUGGCCUUGUUAUUUGCAGUGCUUUCUAAGGCCAUGACUUCACUCUCCAGGGUGUCUGGCUCAAGGUCAGCAACCACACUACCUGGGGUGUACGAGCCGUCCAUAUCUUUCUGGUAUAAUUCCUCUGUGAAUGACCUAUUAACUGAUCUAAAUAGCCACACUCAGCUAAUUUGGUGGCCUCACAGAGCACACCCAUUCAUUCGUUUAGAUUAUCCCCUCCCUGGCACUAGUCUCACUGCAGUUUACCUGGACGGGACAAGGGUGGGGCAGGGCAGUUGCAAUAUUGUGACUAUGCACUUGCCAGUUCCAGAUUGACUUGGCCAGUUCCGCCUCAGCCUCAAUGCUGCUCUGCUCCACUCCUGUCCUAUCCAGGUCUGCUGCAGUGAUGAUAGUUUCAGGUGAGUGGCUCCACAGCUCUGCCAUACUCACCAACGGCUAUUGAUUUUACCCAAUGGAAAUCUGGCCCUGCAGAUGAUGUUGAAGUCCAACUUCCAUCAUCAUCCAUCCUUCACCAGACUGCUGGGAACCGAGGGGAGUCCAACAACUUUCCUCUUGUAGAACCUGGGACAUGGGUGGCGCUGUGGUCUAAACCACUGAACCUCCGGCCAGUCAGUGUUAAAAAAGGAUAGAACUUUCUUUAUGUAUGCAACAACAGCAGCAAGAAUACUCAUCGCAAAGUAUUGGAAGACACAAGAGCUACCCACACUGGAGGAAUGGCAGAUGAAAUUGAUGGACUAUAUGGAAUUGGCGGAAAUGACUGGCAGAAUCCGUGACCAGGGAGAAGAGUCGGUGGAAGAAGAUUGGAAGAAAUUUAAAGAUUACUUACAGAAAUAUUGCAAAAUUAAAGAAUGUUAGAGUGAUGAUGGAUUGAAAUUAAGUGGCUUCUAGCUGUACAGGCUUUAAAGUUAUAUAUAGAUCAAGAUUAAGGAUUAGGAUUAAAAAGGUUAAAAGAAUGGUAAAUUGGUUUUUAAUAGGUAAAAAGUUAAUGUUAUAUUAUAUUAAGAUUAAGGAUUGGGAUUAAAAAGGAGGGAAAGGAAUUGCUGGACAAACAAACUGAAUUGGAAUACAAAAGAGGGAGGUCUGAGGAGGUCCGGGAAAUCAGUAAAUGUAAAAGUAGUGAUGAAAAGAUGGAAUUGUUUUUAACUGUUUUUUCUUUUUUCUUUUUGUAUUUUGUAUUGUGUAUCUUUCUUUUUAUUUUUAAAAUCUUUUUUUUUAUUGUCUCUUUUUAUGUGAAACUUUAAUAAAUAUCAUUUAAAAAAAAAAUAAACCACUGAACCUCUUGGGCUUGCUGAUAAGUAGGUUGGCGGUUCGAAUCUCUGCGACAGAGUGAGCUCCCAUUGCUCUGUCCCAGCUCCUGCCAACCUAGCAGUUUGAAAGCAUGCCAGUGCAAGUAGAUAAAUAGGUACUGCUGCGGCGGGAAGGUAAAUGGCAUUUCCAUGCACUCUGGUUUCCGUCACGGUGUCCCGUUGUGCCAGAAGCAGUUUAGUCAUGCUGGCCACAUGACCUGGAAGCUGUCUGUGGAUAAAUGGCAGCUCCCUCAGCCUGAAAGCGAGACAAGCGCCGCAACCCCAGAGUUGCCUUUGACUGGACUUAACCGUCUAGGGAUCCUUUACAUUUACCUUUACCUUUAUUGUACCUUGUAGAACCUAGUUUUGAGAGUUGCGUAGUUCAUUUUCCAGGCUGUUGUAAAUCAAUUUUUUCAAUUCCUUGGAAUUAUCCUGAGGGCCAAACAUUUUAUCAGAUGAAUGUUGGGAGUCAUUCUGCAAAGAAACAGUAAAGAUAUUUGUAACUUUAAGAACUGUUUAUGUGAGUUCUGGGCGUGAGCUCUGGGCAGAUUAGGUACAGGUGGUCAUGACUACAAAAGGAGGAAAAGUUGCAGUUUGAAUUUUGCCUGCAGAGAGAAAACACCCACAAGCUUUGUUGUUUUUGUAAUAAAACCUUUAUUUGAAUUGUUUUACACAGGUCUCGUGGUGUCGUAGUUUCUGUCAUCUGCCACCAGAGGAAAAAACCCCUCUAAAAAUGAACUCUUUUUAAUUUGUAGGUCAGUUUUUGUUGGGUCGGACGGCAUCUGUUUCCGACACACAAGAAUGUGAAACUGAAAAUGUGUAUCAGUCUGAAUGGAAACAAAACAGCAUGGAAAGCAAUGAAGAGGAAUAUCAGUUCUCGAAUCUUAUGGAGAGGCUUGGCGCUAACAAUAUCUUAGAAGAGUAAGUGUUGUCAAAAAACAACCGAGAAUCACAAGAAUCACACGGCGCUGUACUUUGGGGGCUGUACCAUCUCAGGUUGUAUGUGCAGUAUCACCUAUGUGCACCUGCAAGAUAACCGUGAAAAAGACACAACACAAAGAGCGACAUUCUUUAGGAUUUCCACUUGGCAAUUUGGACACCAAAUCUCUCAGUGCAGCAGAAAACAAGAAAGCUGUGGUUCCUCUCAGUCCUGUUGCUUACCUUCUGUGCAGCCCUGCAGCCCUAAACUCUACGUUGCUUUGUCUUGAGGUUUCACAGAGGUCUCCGUUUCAGUACGUUAAGCAGCUAAUUCAGAGCUAAAUUCACAGGUUCAGUCUUUUUGGAGCCUUCCUAUUCCCCUUUGGCCUCCCCGCUUCAUGGACUGCUUGGACGCAGAGAAGUGAACCAUAAGUGCCAUGUUCCGCCCAACUUUUUGGGGGCUGUCGCAUGUGUGUGAUGUCAUGCAUAUGAUGCACAUGUGUGACGUCACACAGCGGGACGAGGCCCGCCGCAGUUGCGGGGAGGCCUGGCGAGGUCUGGCGCGGCUCACAGCAGCCGCAGGAAGGCCCACUGCAGCCAUGGAUUGUGCCACUCCUCAGGCAAAUGGGAACAGAUUCAGAGGAGGACAGCAAAGAUGGCCAAGUCAUGCAAAAUAAGGUCCAUGAAGAACCAGUAUGUUUAGCACAGAGUGGGUAACUCUGCGAGGGAGACAUGAAGGCAGUUUUCAAACACCCGAAUUAUUGUCACAAAGAAGAGCCCAACGAAUUGUCUUCAGCCUCCUCAGAGGGCAGGACUGCAGCUAAUGAACAUAAGCUACAGGGGCGUUGUUCAGCCAAGGGCCAGAGGUUGUUUUUAGAUAUGGACCCAAAACACACCAGACCAGUUAUUUAAGAAACAGGUUUUAUUAUUAGGAUGAAGUAAUAAAGAACAGAGCAAAGCAAAGACGGUCAGCUUAAGUCCCUUCCUUUGGUUGCUGAAAGCUCCACAGGACAGCAUCCAAUCUUUGCUUUAAAGCAGGUCAUAAUUUCAAGCUAUUUGUUUUGGUCCUACCAUCCCGAGCAGGAGAAAAUGAGCUUUUCCCAUCUUCUAUUUUUGCACUUAGUCAUUCUGAGACUAGCAGAUAAACCUACCAGGUGGCACCACAGGACUCUGCUAAAAUAUGACAAAAAUCUUACCUUCAAUUUCUCCUUUUUCUGUUACGUUUUGGAUGAGCAUAAAAACUCACCUCAGCCCAUCAUCGGGAAGUUUUUUAAUGUCUGGUGUUUUAGUAUGUUCUGAUAUGUGCUGUGAGCCACUCAGAGUGGGGAACCUAGCCAGAUGGGCAGGGUAUAAUAAUAAUAAUAAUAAUAAUAAUUCCUUGACCAUUCUUUCUUUUAUAAUUUUAUCAAGCUAUCAUGCCUCUCACAAGGUCAAUUAUCCCUGCCAACUUUCCUAUUGAUAGGAUACAUUGUCCUGAUUUUAUAAUUUCAUCGUGGCGGCAAGCAUAUAAUAGGCCUCAUGACUACAAUAGUGAUUGUGAUUUUUGCUUUGCGAUACGCAAAUGCUGAAACUUUUGCUGCUACAGGAGCCAUGCAAGUAACACAGAUUCCUUUUUCUUUCUUUCUCCAGCGAGAGUGACAUAAAGCAACUAUGGUCUCACCUGAGGAAGGAUGAGCCACAUUUACUGUCUAGUUUUGAAGAGUUCCUGACAAAAGUUUUCUCUCAGCUUCAAGAAGCUGAUAAUGAGAAGAGUGAAUUGGAGCGUGUCCUGAAUAGGUUAGUGCUUUUUAUGAUAUCCUAAAUGCUUGGGGGGAAAGCAGAUAGGAAGUAAACAGCUGGUGCAAAAGCACCCAUAGGUUUUGUCUUGCCAGGGCUCAGGGUAGCAGUUUGCUUUGAGUAGCACUAAGGUAAGUACUUACUUAAGGUAAGUAAGCACUAUGGUGCUGGAGGAGACUCUUGAGAGUCCCAUGGACUGCAAGAAGAUCAAACGUAUCCAUUCUUAAGGAAAUCAGCCCUGAGUGCUCACUGGAAGGACAGACCGUGAAGCUGAGGCUCCAAUGCUUUGGCCACCUCAUGAGAAGAUAAGACUCUCUGGAAAAGACCCUGAUGUUGAGGAAGAUGGAGGGCACAAGGAGAAGGGGACGACAGAGGAUGAGAUGGCUGGAUGGUGUUCUUGAAGCUACCAGCAUGAGUUUGACCAAACUGCGGGAGGCAGUGGAAGACAGGAGUGCCUGGCGUGCUCCGGUCCAUGGGGUCACUAAGAGUCAGACACAACUAAGCGACUAAACAACAACAACAGCAGCAGCAGCACUAAGGUUCUGUGUAGCACUUUGUCAUCACAGAUUUGGGGAUGGAGGUGGACCAAAGUAUGUGUGGGGGUGUGAGAGAGAAAAUCCUAACAGUUUCCAGUGUUUUGCCUGGAAAAAACAGUGACAAAAGCACCUGCCUCUUCUGUUGUCUUUCUUAAACAGUUUUGUUGCUGCCACAAGAGGCAGCUACUUCCCUCCCAUCCAUCUCUUCGAUAUGCUGGGCUGUUCCCACUGCAAAACUAAGUUUAACAGUGCAGGUGGCGCUGUGGUCUAAACCACUAAACCACUGAGCCUCUUGGGUUUGCCAAUCAGAAGGUCUGCGAUUUGAAUCCUCACGAUGGGGUGAGCUCCCAUUGCACUGUCCUAGCUCCUGCCAACCUAGUAGUUCGAAAGCACGUCAAAAAGUGCAAGUAGAUUAAUAGGUACUUCUCCGGCGGGAAGGUAUAAACUGCAUUUCUGUGUGCUCUGGUUUCCAUCAUGAUGUUCCGUUGCGCCAGAAAUGGUUUAGUCCUGCUGGCCACAUGACCUGGAAGGCUGUCUGUGGACAAACGCUGGCUCCCUCGGCCUGAAACCAAGAUGAGCGCCGCAACCCCAUAGUCUCCUUUAACUGGACUUAACCGUCCAGGGGUCCUUUACCUUUAACUUUACCUGCUGGGCUGUUCCCGCUGCAAAACUAAGUUUAACAGAGAAAGAAGGAAGAGCUGCUACUGCUGGUGAUUUUCUUGGCAACCAUCCACCGCUGGAAAUCACUAUAACCUAUCUCUCCCUGCCUGCCCGCCCUCUCAAUUACUGAAAUGGUUCUCAAAAAUUGCUCCGUCUGAGUUAAGAGGUCAAAGUUGGUCGGGAAAUAUUUACUAAAACACCUUGCUUCUUCAUCCAUGUAUCUUCCUGUCCUCAGACUUCUGUUUCGGCUCUGGGAGAACAGAGCGCUGGUAGCCCAAAGCACUUGGUUUUCACAACUUUAAACCUUUUGGCAGGAAAGGGUCGCGGGGGCAUUACUAACAAGUGCACUUAAAAGGUUUUUCUUUUUCUUUGUCACAGACCACCAAUUGUAAUUGGUGAUCAACAACUUGCAAUAAUUUAUGGGGUACCAAAGUUACAGCACUCUUAACAAAGUCUUACAGGCAGCACAUUUGUGACGCCUGCUCUGACUCUCGGCUUUGCACAUAGUUUUACAAUAAAAUGAAAAGGAAGAGAGGAGAAAAUGAGGUUCUCACAGCUCUGAAAAACAAGGUAACUCUGGCUGGUGGGUAACGUACCCUAUUUUCAUGAUUUGUAAGCCUGUUUUGGCUGAAGAGCUGAAUAAAGAGAAAAAACGGAAUGAAGAAAUAAUUGCACGAGGGACAGAAUUUAGCACAACACAACUUUUAUUCAGAGAAAUCUUUCUCCUCCUACUGAAACACACACACACAGGUACUCAGAAGUAAAAAUGUGAGAUUGGCUCCUUAUAUAUGAAUCCAAAAGCCACUACUACAGCAAGAAUUUCACCUGAUGUACUUUUCUCUUUCUGUCUAGGAAGAUUGCUGCCUAUGAUGAGGAAAUCCAGCAUCUCUAUGAGGAAAUGGAACAGCAGAUCAAAAAUGAGAAAGAAAAAUUCCUUUUGAAGGCAAGUUCCUUAUUUGCAGCAUUUUAUCAUGGAUUUCUGCUCUAAUGUUCUAAUAAUCAACGAAAAGGAAAGAACUCACUCUGAAACUCACUUACAGGUGGUACCUAACACCAAGGAAACUAGCGCUAAUAUGCCCAGGAACCUCACCAAAAUGCUGGAGAGGAUGCACCUCCACAGGCACAUACCUCCACAUGCGGUGGGAGUGCCUCAAAAUCCAACUAUUCUGGACAACAACCAUAUGAGAAAUACCAUAUUUUUCGCCCCAUAGGACGCACAGGCCCAUAGGACGCACCUAGUUUUUUGGGGGGGAAUUAAAGGGAAAAAAUUUUAUUCCCCCUCCCCAGGUGCGCUGCGCUAAUCCCGAAGCUUGGGGCAUGCGGAGCUCAGCGCGCCCCAAGCUUCUGGGUGCCGGCAAGGUCUCCGCUAGCUGUGGGAGAGCCGCGUGCUGCGCUAAUCCCGAAGCUUGGGGUGUGCGGAGCUCAGCGCGCCCCAAGCUUCUGGGUGCCGGCAAGGUCUCCGCUAACCGUGCGAGAGCUGGGUCUCCCACGGCUAGCGGAUAGCUUCCUGAAGCCUGGAGAGCGAGAGGGGUCGGUGCGCACCGACCCCUCUCGCUCUCCAGGCUUCAGCGAAAGCCUGCAUUCGCCCCAUAGGACGCACACACAUUUCCCCUUCAUUUUUGGAGGGGAAAAAGUGCGUCCCAUAGGGCGAAAAAUACGGUAUGUAAAAUAACUAAGCAAGUAUUAGAAGUCACCCCAGAACUGGCCCUACUAAACAUCUUCCAAGAUUAUAAUGCCCACUCACAUCACAAAGAGCACAUAACCCACCUACUCUCAGCAGCCAGAAGCAUCAUAGCCAGACACUGGAGAAACCUGUCAGGAGUCAACAUGGACCAAUGGUACCAAAUAGUAUGGGAAACAGCCCUACUAGAAAAAUUAACCAAUAAACUGAAACUGACACUGGCACAAAUCGAAGAAGACACCUUCACCCCGGUAUGGCUCCCCUUUAUCAAAUACACAGCCCAACAAGACAACGACAAGAAUCCACCAACAGUAUACAAAUCAAUAUGGCUGACCUGACUCAAAAACACCCACCCACCCCACUCACACAUGCAAACAAAGUUCACCACAGCCAGUCACAAACAAACAACCACACCCUAGUCCAACCCCAACCUCUCUCACCACCAAAGGAACACAAGCAAAUAGUAAAGAGAACCCACACAAGCGACGCUGACACAAAACUCCACACAUACAUUAAGUAGAAUUGAAACAUCACCACCGCACCCCCACUCACCACGACCCCCUCCACCUUUCCGCCUUUUCUUCCUAAUGUAACACUAAUGUCUCAGCAAAUGAAACUGAUCUGUAGAAAAUGUAACUUGAAAAAAGAGACAUUGCACAUACUUUUGUAAACCAAGAAAUCUUUAAUAAAAAUAUGUUUUAAAAAAAUAAGAAGAGUGAAGACACAAGUUCAUUUGAACCAAAGAGCAUAGACAUAGAGAUAUGAGACACUGAUUUAAAUGAUUUAUCUCAAGUAGGGAGAACAGACAACAAAAAACCCAUGCAAAGUGAAGUAAGCUGAUAUUUAAUGCACACAACCCUUGCUCAUAUUCUUGUACAAUAUGCGUGUGAUAUGAUAAAGUCAAAGUUAAUGUGGACUUCAAAAAUCAUUUUGUUAGAUGUACCAUAUUAAGCCAUGGCUUUCCCAGUAGUGAUGUAUGGAAGUGAGAGCUGGACCAUAAAGAAGGCUGAUCGCCGAAGAAUUGAUGCUUUUGAAUUAUGGUGCAGGAGGAGACUCUUGAGAGUCCCAUGGACUGCAAGAAGAUCAAACGUAUCCAUUCUUAAGGAGAUCAGCCCUGAGUGCUCACUGGAAGGACAGAUCCUGAAGCUGAGGCGCCAAUACUUUGGCCACCUCAUGAGAAGAGAAGACUCCCUAGAAAAGACCCUGAUGUUGGGAAAGAUGGAGGGCACAAGGAGAAGGGGACGACAGAGGACGAGAUGGUUGGACAGUGUUCUCGAAGCUACCAGCAUGUGUUUGACCAAACUGCGGGAGGCAGUGGAAGACAGGAGUGCCUGGCGUGCUCUGGUCCAUGGGGUCACGAAGAGUCGGACACGACUAAAUGACUAAACAACAACAACAACACCAUAUUAAGAAUUUGGACUAGAAAUAAAUAUAGGUUAUGUGCAAAGAUUACCCUUAUGGAUUUCAACACAAGAACCGUUUCCUAGAAAAGAGGAAACAGGCAAAGAGAAAUGGUUAACUUAUCAAGAGUUAUUAGAGCGGAGUCAAAGAGACUGUAAAAUUAAAACAAGGAAACAGUUAAUAGCAGUUUAUGGCCUUCAAUUGUUUUUUUCUCAUUUACAAUUAACAGAGAGAUUUAAGUUGGAUAAAAAGACCUUUGGUAUAGAACAGAAAAUGAUAUUUCGAAACCAACUGUGUACAGAUGACGAAUAUGUUAUUGCAAAAAUUUAUAACCAUUUAAUGUGUUCUUCUUGCAUUUCAAAUUUCAACAAAGAAUGCAUUAUUAAACGGGCAAAAAGUGGUUAUAAUAUACACAUUGAAUACUGGGAACAUGAUCACAUGCCUAGACUUCUUAAUUAAUACCCUGGUGCUCUUAACAAUAUUUUUUUCUAAUUUUACAGGACACAGAAAGGUUUCAGUCCCGAAGUCAGGAUCUGGAGCAUAAGCUUACAGCAAAAGAGCAGGAACUGGAACAACUGGCUCAGAAACAGAAAAGAGUAAGUGAGAUGCAGAUACAGAGAAAGUUUUGUUUGUUUGCUUGCUUGCUUGGCAAAACUUGACAUGCGAGUGAGAGAAUUGUAAUUGUAUUUAUUACAGCAGGAUACCAUUUUGUUUUUUGCUUUCUUGGUAAAGCAGCUCUGACGUCCUAAAUCAUCAAGAGGCUGCUUUGUGCUGUUCUGUCUUCAUCUGUUUGCAGCUAUCUUUGAAAGAGUGCGUUCCUGAUACGUAUCCAAUGGUUUCUUUUUUCAGUGUUUUGAUUUUUUCUUUAACCUGACAUGAAUAUAAGUUACAUAAGUUAUGUAAAUAAGGAGCAUAACUUGCGUGACCUAUGUUAAAUAGCUGACAGCAAGAUGAAUAACUUAGUAUUUAGCAGAAACUGAACUGCAGUCGAACAGAAACAGCACUGAUUGUGACAAAGCCAAGUCAGAAUGAAAGCAGCUGCCAUCUAACGUAAAACUUUGUUUCUUUUUGUUCUCGUAUGAACAAUACUUCCAUUUCCCAAAGGAAGUUUUCUUGCCUCUAAUAGCUUCUUUGACUUUAGUUGUUAAGCACACUAGGAUCUUUUUGUCUCUGGGUUGCUUUCCUGACAUGCAUUAUACUUUCAGCUGAACUUUUAAUACUGUGUUUUUAAACAGCUCCCUAGCAUUCUGGAGAGAUUUGACUCCCUUGGCUUUUCUGUUCCUUUCUUUUCCAAUCACUUCAUUUGCGCAAAGUUUCCUCUUAUGAAGUCAAGUGUGACCAUGUUAGAUUUUCAUCAUAAUUUGCAUUUGUUGUUGUUGUUUAGUCGUUUAGUCGUGUCCGACUCUUCUUGACCCCAUGGACCAGAGCACGCCAGGCACUCCUGUCUUCCACUGCCUCCCGCAGUUUGGUCAAACUCAUGCUGGUAGCUUCGAGAACACUGUCCAACCAUCUCAUCCUCUGUCGUCCCCUUCUCCUUGUGCCCUCCAUCUUUCCCAACAUCAGGGUCUUUUCUAGGGAGUCUUCUCUUCUCAUGAGGUGACCAAAGUAUUGGAGCCUCAGCUUCAGGAUCUAUCCUUCCAGUGAGCACUCAGGGCUGAUUUCCUUCAGAAUGGAUAGGUUUCAUCUUCUUGCAGUCCAUGGGACUCUCAAGAGUCUCCUCCAGCACCAUAAUUCAAAAGCAUCAACUCUUUGGCGAUCACCGUUCUUUAUGGUCCAGCUCUCACUUCCAUACAUCAGUACUGGGAAAACCAUAGCUUUAACUAUACGGACCUUUGUUGGCAAGGUGAUGUCUCUGCUUUUUAAGAUGCUGUCUAGGUUUGUCAUUGCUUUUCUCCCAAGAAGCAGGCGUCUUUUAAUUUUGUGACUGCUGUCACCAUCUGCAGUGAUCAUGGAGCCCAAGAAAGUAAAAUCUCUCACUGCCAUUUCUUCCCCUUCUAUUUGCCAGGAGGUGAUGGAACCGGUGGCCAUGAUCUUACUUUUUUGAUGUAGAGCUUCAGACCAUAUUUUGCGUUCUCCUCUUUCACCCUCAUUAAAAGGUUCUUUAAUUCCUCCUCACUUUCUGCCAUCAAGGUUGUGUCAUCUGCAUAUCUGAGGUUGUUGAUAUUUCUUCCGGCAAUCUUAAUUGCGGCUUGGGAUUCAUCCAGCCCAGCCUUUCGCAUGAUGAAUUCUGCAUAUAAGUUAAAUAAGCAGGAGACAAUAUACAGCCUUGUCGUACUCCUUUCCCAAUUUUGAACCAAUCAGUUGUUCCAUAUCCAGUUCUAACUGUAGCUUCUUGUCCCACAUAGAGAUUUCUCAGGAGACAGAUGAGGUGAUCAGGCACUCCCAUUUCUUUAAGAAAUAAUUUGCAUACACACACAUAAACAAAUUUAAUAGCACUAUGAUUGCUGUUCCCAAUCCAUUCAAUUAAAAAAUGAACUUGAUUGACUUUUAAAAUACAUUUUUUUGUUUGUUUUCUUUCCCACCCAGUUAGAGGGACAAUUUAAAGAGCUGCACAAUGACAAGCAGGAGACCAAAGUAGAAAAUACCAAGCUGAAACUUACAAACAAAGAGCUGCUGGAAGAACUGGAGAGAACAUCCCAGGAGCUCCUCAUUGCUCAGCAGCACUUGCAGAUGCUCCAGGAUGAGGCCAAAAAACUGCAGGAAGAAAAGGAAAUGUGAGUGAUUCCCAGAACUGGAAUACAGCUGAAUGUGUCUGAAAUAGUUGAGAGUGGAUUUCAUGCUCUUUAUUCAGCUCAUAGUGGUGAGGAGGAAUGGAAGUUCCCCCACAAUAUCUGCUUUAUAUACAUUAUUUACACAAUGGGCUGCAUGUUCCAUGGGACAGCCCUUUAGAUAUUUGAAGAUGACUACCAUGCCUCCUCUCAGUUAAACAAACCCAACUCCCUCAACUGUUCCCCAUAAGGCUUGGUUUCCAGGACUUGGAUCAUCUUGGUCACCCUCCUCUACACACAUUCCAGCUUGUCAAUCUCCUCCUUACAUUGUGGCACACAGAACUGGACACAGGAUUCUAGGUGUGGUCCGACCAAGGCAAAAUAGAGUGGGACAAUUACUCCCCUUGAUUGGGACACUCUACGUCUGUUGAUGUAGCCUAGAAUAGCAUUACCCUUUCUUUGGUGCUGCAUCUACUCAAACCCCUAGAUCACAAGCUUAACAUGAAUCAAUAGUGUGACACCCAGCAAGUCAGAUGUCCCCCAUCUUAUAUUUGUACAGCUGGUUAUUCCCGACAUAAGUGUAGAACCUAAUUUGUCCCUGAUGUACGUAAUUCAGUUUGUUAGUUUUGGCUCAGUUCUCCAAUCUGGGUAAGCAGACAUUUGUGUCUAGUACCUGGAGUUGAAAGUCAGAGAAACAGACUCAUUCUGAACUGUACGAGAAUGUUGAGAGAAAUAAUGACCCUUCCAACUCUGCAAUUCUAUGAUGUUUGUCUCAAAUUAUUUAAAAGAAGCCCAUAUAGUUAAGUAUGCAUUAAAAAAAAAAAGGAAUUACAGUCAUACCUCGGGUUACAGACGCUUCAGGUUGCGUUUUUUUGGGUUACGGACCCACCGAAACCCGGAAGUACCAGAACAGGUUACUUCUGGGUUUCGGCGGUCGCGCAUGCACAGAAGCGCUAUAUCGCGCUUUGAACAUGCGCAGAAGCGCCGAAUUGCAACCUGCGUGUGCGCAGACGCGCUGCUGCAGGUUGCGAAAGCUGCAGGUUGCGAACGUGCAUCCCACACGGAUAACAUUUGCUACCUGAGCAUCCACUGUAUUAAGGUUGCUGGUUAAAGGUAAAGGGACCCCUGACAGUUAAGUCCAGUUGCGAACGAAGCUGGCGUUUGUCUGCUCCGCAGACAGUUUUUCCGCGUCAUGUGGCCAGCAUGACUAAGCUGCUUCUGGCGCAACGGAUCACAGACACCAAAGCAGUGCACGGAAAUGCCGUUUACCUUCCUGCCAGAGUGGUACCUAUUAAUCUACUUGCACUUUUUGGCGUGCUUUCAGACUGCUAGGUUGGCAGGAGCUGGGACCGAGCAACAGGAGCUCACCCCUCACGGGGAUUCGAACCGCCUACUUUUGAUCUGCAAGCCCAAGGCUCAGUGGUUUAGACCACAGAGCCACCUGCGUCCCUGAGGUUGCCAGUUAUUGUUACGAAAACCCCAACACUAAAUCCAGAACACAGAUCCCAGUUCUCUAAGAAUGGUUGUUAUUGCUAGGUUUUAUUGUGAUGGUUUUUAUUUGUCUCCUUCAGUGAGGUUUACAGAGUGACAGAAAUGCUACAGAGGGAGAAGUCAGGGCUCCUUAGGCAGCUGGACUUUUUAAGGUAAGAAAAUAAGGUGCGGCAAAUCCACCCCUGCCAGCAGCGGGAAGCAGAGCAAAUAUUAUAAAACCUCAAUACAGUGGUGCCCCGCAAGACGAAUGCCUCGCAAGACGGAAAAACCGCUAGACGAAAGGGUUUUCCGUUUUGGAGUUGCUUCGCAGGACAAAUUCCCCUAUGGGCUUGCUUCGCAAGACGAAAAUGUCUUGCGAGUCUUGAGAUUUUUUUCGCUUUCCCCCCCCUUUAUCUAAUCUGCUAAGCCUUUAAUAGCCUUUAAUAGCCUUUUAGCAGCUAAUCCCCUAAGCCUUUAAGCCUUUAAUAGCCGCUAAACCGCUAAUAGUGCUAAUAGCGCUAAUCCGUCAAUGGGCUUGCUUCGCAAGACGAAAAAACCGCUAGACGAAGACUCUCGCGGAACGGAUUAAUUUCGUCUUGCGAGGCACCACUGUACAGGCAACUCCCCACUCGCAUGCAAUCAACAUGGGUAUGACUGCUCACAUGCAUGCCAUUCUCAGCGUUGAAAGGGGGUGGAGCAGGGUGGGGCAAACUGGACUGGACUUGUGUACAUCCUGCAGAACAGAAUCACCGUGUAAGGUGGGAUUCCCCUGUAAUAAGGUUUGGUUUAAUAUCCUCUCAGCUUUCUUACCACAAUACCAUAUCAAUUUCUUAACACACUGGACUCCCCCACUGAUAAGCGGGCAGAGUUGGAGGAUAUGUUGUAAGUUAUACGUUGUUUUCCUUUCUUUUCGUGCCCCACCACUGCAGAGAAAGGAACAAAUAUCUGAGAGAUGAACACGACGAAUGUUUACAGGUGAGUGGGCAGCCCCAGACUACCUUCUCAUAAAACGUGUGUUUUUUUUCUUAGCCUUGACAGAUUCUUAACUAUAUUGUGGUGACACACCUCUGUAGUUAAGUGGAAGAGCACCUUCUGUGCAUGCAGAAGGUCCCAAAUUCAAAUCACGACAUUUGCAAGUGGGGCUAGGACAGUUUUCUGCAAGAAUCCCUGGCAAGUUGUUGCCUGUCUGUUGUGAGCCAGAUGGACAAAUCCUGACAUUUGCAAGUGGGGCUAGGACAGUUUCCUGCAAGAAUCCCUGGCAAGUUGUUGCCUGUCUGUUCUCAGCCAGAUGGACCAGUUGCCGGACUUUGUAGAUGGCAACUUCCUGUGUUCCUGAUUUACAAAUGUGCACAUUCAUCAUCGCCAAACUUAUUUGCACCCACUUUUACCACAAGUGCUAACAACAUAAUCAAAACCCAAAUAUAAUACCGUAUUUUUCCGUGUAUAACACGCCCCUGUGUAUAAGACGAUCCCUAUUUUUGGGGACUCUAAAUUAAAUGGGGGGAGAUUGCCCAGAGUUGUUGAGCCUUUUUUGGUUGCCGAAAAUCGAUCACCCACCUGACCGACGCUGCCAAUCGCACGCGUUGUUGAAGCCACCAAUCACCUGCCCAAUUGCUGCCACAGCAGCCAAUCGACAGCAGCCCUUGCCACAGCCACCAAUCGCCGCUGACCAUCUCCUGCUCAGGGCUGCAACCAAUCGCCUGUCCCCCCUCUGCACUAUCCAUGUAUAAGAUGCCCCCCAAUUUUAAACAUUAUUUUAUAAUAAAAAAACAUCGUCUUAGACACGGAAAACUACUGUACUUUCACAUGAUUUGGGACAUUGGUGUCUUAUCAAUCUACAGGAGGCAACAAUUUGGGCACAAGCUCCUCUCUUCCAAAGAUCCUUGCAUAUUUAUUUUUAUUUUUUUAUAUAUAUAUAAUUUUUUAUUAGUUUUUUUAACAUAUCAUUUUCAACAGUAAUUAAACCUACUUUUACAUCUUAUUCAAAUUUUUGACUUCCAUCAAACCUGUCUGAAAAUUCUCCAAUUUAAUCUCUCAGUCUGCAUUUCUUAUCUUCCCUAUUACAUUUCAAACUCAUAACCAAUAUCUCUAUCUUUUUCUACUUUGUAACACUUCGUAUAUUUCUCCUUACAAAACUUCUUGUAGUCCUACUAGCGUAAUUUGUUGAUUACAGUUGCUCUUCAAAUAAUUCAUAUACUUCUUCCAAUCUUCUGUAAAUCUCUGGUCCCGCAGGUUUCGAAUCCUUCCUGUCAUUUUGUCCAAUUCUGCAUAGUCCAUUAAUUUCAUCUGCCAUUCUUCUUUCGUCGGAAUUUCUUCUUGUUCCCAUUUCUGAGCUAACAGUACUCUUGCCGCAGUUGUUGCAUAUAAAAACAAUUUAACAUCUUUCCUAUUAAUGUCCUGACCUAUAAUACCAAGUAAAAAUGCUUCUGGCGCAUAUUUGUUUUUCUGAUUAUUCCCAAUCCCACUUUUGGUUUUCUGUUUUCACCUCCUUCCCUGCAGCCAGUCCCAUCUUGGUGCCUUUAAUGCUCAUGUGGUUGAAAUGCCGUUUCCAUUUCCUCUUGGUGCCCAGAUAUUCCAAAGGUUGAUAUCCCCAGGCCUUUCUAGGGUACAUACAAGAACAUUUGCCCCCAAAUCUAGCCCUAACAGAACAUCUUUUGUUAACUAGCUAAGGGGUGGACCAAGAGACAGGGAAGUUUCCUUGCUGAUGUAGAUCCAGAACACAAUUUAUGGAAAGUUCUCAUGUGCAAAUGCCAUUGAAAUGAAUGGCUGUCCCACAGGAGCACAGUAGGAUGCUUGUACAGUUCCACCCCUCCUCAUGCACUGUUUAAAUGACACCUUAAUAGGAGUAUAAACAGGUAAAGGGACCCCUGACCAUUAGGUCCAGUUGUGGCCGACUCUGGGGUUGCGGCGCUCAUCUCGCUCUAUAGGCCGAGGGAGCCGGCGUUUGUCCGCAGACAGCUCCCGGGUCAUGUGGCCAGCAUAACUAAGCCGCUUCUGGCGAAACCAGAGCAGCACACGGAAACACCGUUUACCUUCCCACCGGAGCGGUACCUAUUUAUCUACUUGCACUUUGACAUGCUUUCGAACUGCUAGGCUGGCAGGAGCAGGGACUGAGCAACGGGAGCUCACCCCGUCGCAGGGAUUCGAACCGCCAACCUUCUGAUCGGCAAGUCCUAGGCUCUGUGGUUUAACCCACAGCACCACCCGCGUCCCUUCACAGGAGUAUACUGCUCUGAAAAUAGUGUUGAGUCUGCCAUUUUAUGUAACUCGUUUUGAGGCAGUUUCUAUAAUAUUUCUACAGAAAUGUAAGAAUGUUCCAACCGCAAGGUGCAAAGAAAGAUCAGGCUCGAUCAUUGGCAAAUAUAUGGAGAAAAAGGUUUUGCCAAAAAGGUAAGGUCCUAGUUUUGCUAUUGUGCACAUUUAUUCUUAAUGUAGGGUGCAGAAUGUACUGUAGUUAGAUACUAUUCAGAUGAGUGCAAGAAAUAGUUCUUUAUUGAACUAUUUAUUUCCUGCAUCUAUAUAGUUUUUCUCCAUACAGAAAUAUAGAUUGCUUUUAUAUUUCUUUGCUGUCCUGUUCAGAUAGGGUUCAUAUUCAAAACAUAUUCAAAAUAUGAACCCAAAUUUCAAAUUCAAAGUUCCGAAUUAAAUUUGUACAGACAUCCAACGUGAUACAGAGAUGUGUUACAGAGAGUUUAAAUGAUACAGAGAUGUGGUAUAGAGAGUUUAAAAUACGUUAUGUUUCAUAAUGCUUUUUCUAGCCAGUCUUCAGAAGACGACGAUACAUUUAACACUGAAAGGAGAAAAAAUUCCACUGGUUUGAACGGGUAUCUUUCAUUUGAUUCUGAUUCUGCUGCUGGUGAGGGACUGACUCAAAGAAGGCCUCUACAAAGACUAAUAUCAAUUGAAGAAGAUCACCUGCCCCAGCUUCUAAAUAGACCGGGAGAGAGGACGCUAACCAAAUGGUCUGAAGAAGAUGAAACUAACUUGCCAGAACUGGAAAUGAAUGAGAUCCAAACAGAAUCACCAUCUGAACAAACACCUUCCUUUCCCAGGGGGCAACCAGUAGGGAAAGAAACACUAGCAAAUGUAAGAAACAGAACCGCAUUGUUUUUAUUUUGAAGGUGGAUUUUGGCUAAUUUAUGGCUAUCUCCGCUGUGUGCAUUACAAUAAUACUACUACUACUACUAAUAAUAAUAAUAAUAUUUUUUAUUUAUACCCCGCCCUCCCCAGCCACGGUCGGGCUCAGGGCGGCUAACAAGCAAUAAUAAAAACAAGUUGAAUGAAUACAACUUAAAAACAAGAUUAAAAUACAACAUUAAAACAUUGAAACAUUAAAAUGCAGCCUCAUCACAGGAGGAGAAAGGAAAAAAGAAAGAGAGGGAGGGAAUCAAAUUGGCUCCAAGCCAAAGGCCAGGCGGAACAACUCUGUCUUACAGGCCCUGCGGAAAGAAAUCAGAUCCUGCAGGGCCCUGGUCUCAUGAGGCAGAGCGUUCCACCAGGCCGGGGCCAGUGCUGAAAAGGCCCUGGCUCUGGUUGAAGCUAAUCUAACUUCCUUAGGGCCCAGGACCACUAGGAUGUUGUUAUUUAUGGACCUUGAGGCUCUCCGUGGGGCAUACUGGGAGAGGCGGUCCCAUAGGUACGAGGAUCCUAGGCCGUGAAGGGCUUUAAAGGUCAAAAGCAGCACCUUAAAUCUGACCCUGUACUCCACCGGGAGCCAGUGCAGCUGAAAAAGCACUGGGUGAAUAUGUCCCCAUGGCAGAGACCCUGUGAGGAGCCUCGCUGCAGCAUUCUGCACCCGCUGGAGUUUCUAUUUGUUUUAUUGUUUUUGUUUUUUUGAAUUUGCAUUUUAUUUAUUUGUUAACAUUCUUAUAUUACAUCGGUAAACAUUGGCGUAUUACAUUACAGGACUUACUAUAAUAUAAUUUCCAACAUGUAUACAAAAAUGAUAUACAAAUUUUAUAUACCUAGAAAGAAAAUGAAACAAACAAACAAAAAAAGAACAAAGAGAAAAAACAAAAACAAUUUCCCUCCCAAAAUCAUAUGCAUACCAACACACUAGACUUCCUGUCUAUCCUGUUGUAUAUUCCUUUUUUACAAAUGAACGUACUCUUAUUAUUGCAUAUUUCUUUACAUUUUAUCUAAUACAUUCCUAUAUCAAUAUGUGCUCUUAGUCUUAUUUCUCAACUCAGUCUCACUCCAACGUCAAUCAAAUGCUAGCAUAGAUAGCGAACCUUUACUGUAUUUUUGAACAUAUGUUUUAUAUCUAUCCCACUUUUCCCACUAUUAAGCCUAUUUGAGCUGUGUCAACAGCAAAAAGAUCAUAGUGAGUGUGUAUUGAGGAUACAGCAGGGAGAACCAAUGUGGUUCUUUCUCCUUGUUUGGGAAAUUCCCCUCAGCCCCAGCUAAUCCGGCCAACACUUGUGGAUUAUGGGAGCUGUAGUCCAAGAGAUCUGGAGGGCACCAUGUUGAGUACUGUAUUACAACACGUAUUAGACAGCAGAGCUGCUGCACAAUCGUAGCUGGAGGCAUAGCAGUGGCAAUUUGGGUUAGUUUUGUCUAAUCCUCCUUUAAAGCCAUCCUAGUGGUUGGCCAUCAUAACUUUUUCUGGAAUCAAAUUCCAUAGUUUACCUCUGCACUGUGUGAACAAAUACUGUAUUUUUCGCUCUAUAAGAAGCACCAGACCACAAGACACACCUAGUUUUUGGAGGAGGAAAACAAGGAAAAAAAUAUUCUGAAUCUCAGAAGCCAGAACAGCAAGAGGGAUCGCUGUGCAGUGAAAGCAGCAAUCCCUCUGUGAUAGCUGCGCAGCCUGCAUUCGCUCCAUAAGACGCACACACAUUUCCCCUUACUUUUUAGGAGGGAAAAAGUGAGUCUUAUAGAGCAAAAAAUAUGGUACUUCUUUUUGUGUAUCCCAAAUCUCCCAAUAUUCAACUUCACUGGAUGGCUCUGAGUUCUGUUAGACUGAAAGUUUCAUCCAUCCAUUUUCUCUGCACCAUGCAUGAUUUUAUACACUUCUAUCGUGUCCUUUUUUCUAAAUUAAAAAGACCUGAAUAUGUUUACCAUUCUUCAUAGGCAGCUGUUCCACCCCAAGAUAAUUUCCGUUGCCCUUCAGUAUCCCGCAAAGCGUGGCAACAGAACUGUACCUAGUUUUUCACGUGUCGAUUUGUUUAAUGGCAUUAUAAUGGGUUAAAUUUUUUUAAUCCCUUUCUGAAUGACCCCAAGUAGGGAAUUCACCCUUUUCACAACCACCACAUAUUGGCGUGAUGUUUUCAUUGAGCUAUCCUGUAUGGCUCCUAGUCAGUCGCUGUUAAUUUAGACCUCAUUAAUGUGCAUGUGAAUUUAAGAUUGAUUUAUUGUUCCAAUGUGCUUCACUUUAUUAUUACUUUACCACUCUGAACAAUUUGGUGUCACCAGCAAACUUAGCCACCUCACUGCUCUUCCCUAGCUCCCGCUCAUUUAAGAACAAGUUAAAAAGCAUUGGUUCAGCGUGAGAACUGUGCGUUUAUUCCUGCUCACUGUUCUUCAGGCACUUACUGGUCCAUCAUUGACCUGCCCUCUUAUCUUAUAUCUGCUAAACUCAGGAGUCUUUAUUAAAAUCUUUUUGAAAAUCAAAGUGCACAAUUUCUAACAGAUUGCGGACAUCUGAAUGUCCUAGAAUACCUGAAUGUCCUAGAAUAAUAACAGAGCACCUUCAAACACAUAGGUAUGGACCUCUCCCUUUAAAAAGACUUUUCCCUUGCCUCUAUUUCACCCAGGAGGGCGUGAUUGCUUCCUCCCAGGUUUCUGAGUACUUCCACUUUGUCGAUCGGUUCCUCCCUGUUGGUGAGGACUAGGUCCAAGAUAGGUGAUCCCCUCAUUGCUUUUUCCACCUUCUGUAUGUGCUUGCAUUUUGCCUCCAGUGCACAUAGUGAAAUAUGGACCGAGCAAUCCCAAAUGGGGAGUGGGGCUGCUUCAGGCAUGUCCAAAGACCGUUUCAAGGGACUAAUUCAGUCCCCGUGGCAGUCUAUCUCUUGGGGUAAAAUCCUAAAAAGCUCAACAACUUUUAGGUCAACAACUUUGGUCGGCCCUCACACAUGUUCACCUCAUCAAAUCUGGCACCCCUGAUUGUAGUUGUUGAGCUAGAGGGCUCUUUACUGGGAUAUGAAGAACGGUAGGAGACAGAUUCACUCCUCAACACUCUGCCUUCUGUAAUGUAGCUAAUAGAAAAAAGACAGUCACAGAACUGAGAAAUUGCACAAAACAAAUGAAAUACCAUGAAAAAUCCCUGACACAAGAACUAACCGACUAUAAAUAUUAUCUUGUGGAAAUCAACGAAAUAAUAAAAAUCAAAAAGCUUAAGGAAAAAAUUAGAAAAACCUAAUUAUAAUUAUAAUAUGUCAGAAUUUUUGGAUUAUAAUAUGUCAGAAUUUUUGGGUUUCUACCCUUGUUUGAAUUUUGGUCAUUUAAAGUUUAUGAUUUUUCUAUUCCCUCCUGAGGAAACUGAAUAGUUCAGUGAAACGAGGUUUCUAGCCGGCAUCCCGUUAAGGCUUUGUUCUAUUUUAGGUUUUUCUAAUUUUUUUCUUAAGCUUUUGGAUUUUUAUUAUUUAGUUGAUUUCUGUAAUGUAGCUGGCUUGAAAAGAGCAAAUUAUAAAACUCUCUAACACAGGGAUUAAAAUUUAUCUCACUGGCCAGCUUUCUUACAAGAUGAGGAGAUAAGCUUUCAGCUGCCUACAAGAAGACUGUAUUGUUUUUAUCUUUUGAUGUCAUGAGUCUCUUGCAAUGAGCACAGCGUGUUGGGUUUUUUAUUAUUGUUUAUUUGAAUUAUAUAAGCCAACUUUGAAAUACUAUCAGACUUACGUUAGUUGCCCUUGGGUGUGACUGAAAUCAAUUAGAAAAGCUAUUGCUAUCAAUUGAUGUAAGUGGAACCAAAAUUUACCUUAUUUAUUCUGGGUCCAGCCCAUAGUACUGAAGAAUGGAUAUAAAUGUAUUAAAUAAAUAGAUAUUUUAUUUCUAAAUAUCUCCUCACCUCAAAAAGCAAAAUGAUUUAGCAGUAGGUGCAGUGCAGCUUACUGAACAAUUUGCACUUGUGUUUGUUUGAAGGAUGAACAAGGGUGCUUUGCUCCAAAUGGUUUAUUCAAGAUUGUCAUCGUAGGCAAUUCAAGUGUGGGGAAGACUUCCUUUUUAAGGCGUUUUUGCGAAGACCAUUUUUUCCCAGGCACUGCUGCUACAGUCGGUAAGUAAGUUAAAGGAAAAAAGAACACACAAAUCACAUUUGUCUGGGCUGCUCGUAUAUAUCCAGACUUGGUGACCCGCACUUAUUUCCAUUGUUUAUACGUGUCCUUGUAUUUUCAGUCCUCGCUAAACACUGGCUUUUUAAAAGCUGUGUCUCAUUUCUUUGGAAUUGUUUCUAAUUAUACCAUGGGUAGGCAACCUAAGGCCCGGGGGCCAGAUCCAGCCCAAUCGCCUUCUAAAUCCGGCCCACGGAUGAUCCGGGAAUCAGCGUGUUUUUACAUGAGUAGAAUGUGUUCUUUUAUUUAAAAUGCAUCUCUGGGUUAUUUGUGGGGCACAGAAAUUCAUUCAUCCCCCCCAAAAAUAUAGUCCAGCCCCCCACAACGUCUGAGGGACAGUGGACCAACCCCCUGCUGAAAAAGUUUCCUGAAUUAUACCUUUAGUGACGUCAACUGAUGGAAAGGUGGGUGUGGUUUGAGGGGAACAGCCUGGCAAGGCAAAUUGGAUUCCCUUGUGGUUCAAGACUGGCCUGCAGGCUGUAGGUCCUGUCCCCCCCCACACACACACACCUGGAGAUAAUCUAAGCUGUGUUCCUUUACAGGUGUGGAUUACAGUGUAAAAAUGGUGGCAGUGGAUAACCACCAAGUACUGCUGCAGUUCUGGGACACUGCUGGGCAAGAAAGGUGAGAAAAUGCCCUUACGUCCUUCUACGACACUGGCAGGGCUGCCCUUUAUUUAUUCGAGCCAGGCAUGGGGGUCUGCUGGAGGGCUAAGGUGGGGGCAGUUGAAGAAUCUUUAUUUGCAUCAGCCACUAACCAUAGCAACAAAAUAAAAUAAAAUGUACAUCCCGAGCUAACAGGACCAGUGGUCAGGGAUGAUGGGAAUUGUAGUCCCAAAACAGCUGGAGGGCCAAGUUUGGGGAUGCCUCAGUUAAAGGAGUUAAAAUUCUUGCCUCUCUGCUCGCUGAUGGUUUCUACCUGUAGCAGUCCAAUAACCCUUAUGCCAGGGGUGAGAAACUGAAUAUAUGCUAUGCCCUGCUGUGAAUUGUGGUCAUAUCCUGCAACCUUGGGGUCACCCUAUACAGUGGUACCUCGGAUUAAGUACUUAAUUCGUUCCGGAGGUCCAUUCUUAACCUGAAACUGUUCUUAACCUGAAGCACCACUUUAGCUAAUGGGGCCUCCUGGUGUCGCCACGCCGCCGGAGCACGAUUUCUGUUCUUAUCCUGAAGCAAAGUUCUUAACCUGAAGCACUAAUUCUGGGUUAGUGGAGUGUGUAACCUGAAACGUAUGUAACCCAAGGUACUACUGUAUGGUCAUAUCAUCUGUUUUCUAGGCUUGUUGUUCUGUUGGCUUUAUCUGCUGUAUGUUUUUGGUGCUAAUGACAGAAGAUUCAUAAAGAGAACUGAUUUGCAGGUACCGCAGCAUCACCAAGCAGUUCUUUCGAAAAGCUGACGGAGUGGUUGUGAUGUAUGACAUAACAGCAAAAGAGUCGUUCACAGCUGUGAAGCAAUGGUUAGUGAGCAUUGAGGUAAGAAGGACUGAGAGUGUGAGCACAUUACUGCUUACACCGGCUCCAGGGAUGCGGGUGGCACUGUGAUCUAAACCACUGAGCCUCUUGGGCUUGCCAGUCAGAAGGUUGGCGGUUUGAAUCCCCACAAUGGGGUGAGCUCCCAUUGCUCUGUCCUAGCAGCUCGAAAGCACGCCAGUGCAAGCAAAUAAAUAGGUACCGCUGCAACAGGAAGGUAAACAGUGUUUCUGUGCGCUCUGGCUUCCAUCACGGUGUCCCAUUGCGCCAGAAGUGGUUUAGUCAUGCUGGCCACAUGACCCGGAAAGCUGUCUGCGGACAAACGUCGGCUCCCUCGGCCUGAAAGCGAGAUGAGCGCCACAACCCCAUAGUCGCCUUUGACUGGACUUAACCAUCCAGGGCAUAGCUGUCAACUUACAGAUUUGAAAAUAAGGGACCAGCAGCCUCAAAAAUAAGGGAUCAGCAGCCAAAAUAAGGGAUUUUCCGGGUGCAGGUAUGUUCAACUUCUGAGCCCCUCUGAGCCAAAGGCAGAAAGCCCAGCCAGCAGCCAAACGAAGCCUCAAGCGGUGGUUCCCACAGCGCAGCAACCCAGCAAAGGGGAUGCAGCAAGGAAAACCACCGUCACCUCUCCGCUGGGAAGCGCUGAGCAAAGGCGAGUCCCCAGGCAACGCGGCCGAUUUGAUCGGCACAAGGCAUGCAAGCUCCACGCCCCAGUCGUUCUUAGACUCCUUAUUGGGUGAGCAACGCAGCCAAGCAACACAGUUGGAGCCUCCCUCCUCCCUGGCCGGCAGGGAGGGAGGGAGAUGAGCUGCUUCCUUUGAAACCUGGGAUAUUUAAGGGGCAUCAUCAAUAAGGGACGGCAGCGGGACACAGCGCUGGGAUAAGGGACUUUCCCGCCAAAUAAGGGACAGUUGACAGCUAUGGUCCAGGGGUCCUUUACCUUUUACCUUUACCCUGGCCCCCACGCACUUCUACUGCUUGUGUUUGAAACAGGACAUUAGCCACAAUCCAAGGUUAUCCUGUCUCUUCUUGAGAAAUGCUCUUGUUUGGUGUGCUUUCCCUCAAACAAGCUUACAUUCAGUUAGAAAACAGAAGCCACGGUUAAGCCGAGAUGCGUACAAUUCAGGCAGCUCUUGGGCGUGUGAAUGACAGCAUCAGUAAUUUGGAGUUCAGCAUGGGGGUCAUCCACACACACCUCUCUGGUGUGAACAGCAACAUAAAAAAAGCACUGUAAACGCAGUGGUUUGUUUAAAACCACUACAGUGGUGCCCCGCAAGACGAAUGCCUCGCAAGACGGAAAAACCGCUAGACGAAAGGGUUUUCCGUUUUGGAGUUGCUUCGCAGGACGAAUUCCCCUAGGGGCUUGCUUCGCAAGACGAAAAUGUCUUGCGAGUCUUGAGAUUUUUUUUUCGCUUUCCCCCCCCUUUAUCUAAUCUGCUAAGACUUUAAUAGCCUUUAAUAGCCUUUUAGCAGCUAAUCCCCUAAGCCUUUAAGCCUUUAAUAGCCGCUAAACCGCUAAUAGCGCUAAUCCGUUAAGCCGCUAAUAGGGUUGCUUCGCAAGACGAAAAAAUCGCUAGACGAAGACUCUCGCGGAACGGAUUAAUUUCGUCUUGCGAGGCACCACUGUAAUGUGUACGUAGUUAAAAUAGGGAUGUGGUUGAUUAAUUGUAUUACUAUGCCACUUUCCACUCAAAUUACUCUCAAAGUGGCUUGUUGUUAUUGUUGUUUAAUCGUUUAGUUGUGUCCGACUCUCCGUGACCCCAUGGACCAGAGCACACCAGGCACUCCUGUCUUACACUGCCUCCCGCAGUUUGGUCAAACUCAUGCUGGUAGCUUCCAGAACACUAUCCAACCAUCUCGUCCUCUGUUGUCCCCUUCUCCUUGUGCCCUCUAUCUUUCCCAACAUCAGGGUCUUUUCCAGGGAGUCUUCUCUUCUCAUGAGGUGGCCAAAAUAUUGGAGCCUCAGCUUCACGAUCUGUCCUUCCAGUGAGCACUCAGGGCUGAUUUCCUUCAGAAUGGAUAGGUUUGAUCUUCUUGCAGUCCAUGGGACUCUCAAGAGUCUCCUCCAGCACCAUCAUUCAAAAGCAUCAAUUCUUCGGCAAUCAGCCUUCUUUAUGGUCCAGCUUUCAAAGUGGCUUACAAACAAUAAAUCACAAUAGCAUAUUAGAACAUCACAAAUACAGCAUAAAUCAUACAAAAUAAUUAACAAACCAUCAAUAAAGCAAUCUGUAAAACACCAUUAACAAAACAGCAACUAAAACAUAAGCUAAACAGAACAACUACAGCAAAAGGCAUAUUAUAUUAUUAACAAAUCAAUUUGGCAUUUAUAAUCUAUAACGGAAUAUUAUAACCACAAUGUACUGGUAUAUCUGGAAUGUCUGGUGUACUUAUUUUUGUGUCUGCUUGCAGUGCUGGCUAUGAGCUUUCAAUGCUUUCAGGAGAGAACCCGUAUUUUAACUGCUGUUCAUUGUCUUAUAGGAAGCAGCAGGGGAGAAUAUUCCUGUCCUCUUGCUUGGGAACAAAACAGAUAAUGAAAAAGAACGGGAAAUCCCCAGGGGAUUAGGAGAGCAUUUAGCCAAGGUACAGUAUGAAGAACAUACAGUUCUAAAAACAACCAGUAAUGUACACUUAACAAAAAAAACCUCCAUGUUCCUCUUGGGAACAACUUCUGUGAUAACAAGGUCAAUGAAUAUUACCCAUCUGUGGCAUGAAGUCAAAUAUUUGAUUUUGUAUAUCUCAUUAAGCUGAGGCCUUUGAAGCUAUCUCAUUACGAUUGAAGAAGGGCUUGCUUUCACAAUGUGAUGAUCAAGUUUCAAGAAAAAAUCCCUCUGAAUUGCCUGUUUCAAUUAGAGCUGGUUUACUUAUCCUCUUCGUGAGGGAGCACCUUUCUUUGAGUACAUCGAUUUCGUGAUCCUGGGUACAAGAACAGCUUUCCUUUUGACGAGAAGGCACUAUAGAUGGAUGGGAAUCUAUGGGCAGCUGCAAAUUUGCCCUGUGGCCCUAGAGAAGAGGAGUAAAAUACCGUAUUUUUCGCUCUAUAAGACGCACCAGACCACAAGACGCACCUAGUUUUUGGAGGAGAAAAACAAGAAAAAAUAUAUUCUGAAUCUCAGAAGCCAGAACAGCAAGAGGGAUUGCUGUGCAGUGAAAGCAGCAAUCCCUCUUGCUGUUCUGGCUUCUGUGAUAGCUGCGCAGCCUGCAUUCGCUCCAUAAGGUGCACACACAUUUCCCCUUCCUUUUUAGGAGGGAAAAAGUGAGUCUUAUAGAGCAAAAAAUAUGGUACUUCUCCUCAUCCCUGGCACCAGCAGUUGCAUCCUCCACCUUGGUUUAAAGCUGAAAGUCACAGCUCUCUCAUAGUAUAUAAAGCUGGAUACUACCAAAAUUAAGCUAUGCACUACUUUUAAGCACGUCGAAGAAUGAGCCCAACUGAAGCAGAACCAACUUGACUUCUGCAAGAGAAAAACCCCUGUAGAUCUUACAAACUUAUCAGAAUUCUUUGAGAGUGUCAACAAGCAGAUAGAGGUAAUCUGGUUGACAUUGUGUACUUGGACUUCCAAAGAGCUUUAGACAAUGUUCCUCACCAAACACUCCAGAGUAAGCUUAGCAGUCAAAAAUAAAAAAUAACACUCAGGACAAGGGUGAUUCUGGUUUGAAGCCUAUAUAGUGGUAUCUUGGUUCUCAAAAUUAAUCCGUUCUGGAAGUCUGUUCCAAAACCAAAGCGUUCCAAAACCAAGGCAUGCUUUCCCAUAGAAAGUAAUGCAAAACGGAUUAAUCUGUUCCAGACUUUUAAAAACAACUCCGAAAACAGCAAUUUAACAUCAAUUUUACUAUCUAAAGAGACAAUUGAGCCAUAAAAUGAAAGCAACAAUCAAUACUGUACAAUGAAAUAAAUAAGACAGUGUUGUAGAUGAUAAAAAUUAAAAUUACAUUUUUUUCCCUUUUCUGCACUAAUAAUAGUUAUUGGUUUUUAUUGUUUUAUUAUUAUUUAUUAUUUUAUUUUAUUAUUGCUUUUAUCAAUUUCUUCAAUCACACAAUCAAUCAGUAGCUGAACUGGGUUUCACACAGUCACAAAAACAAAUUAACUGAAAAAGCCACAAAAACGGAAAAUAAAUAGCUAAAACAAAAGCGCCAAACUUAAUCUGUUCUGGAAGUCUGUUUGACUUCUGAAAUGUUUGAAAACCAAGGCGCAGCUUCUGAUUGGUGCAGGCGCCCUGGACACAAUAGCUGACAGCUGCAUCGGACGUUCGACUUCAAAAAAAGUUUGAAAACUGGAACACUUAACUUCUGGGUUUUGGCGUUUGGGAACCAAGGCGUUUGAGAACCAAGGUAUCGCUGUACCAAUGAUGUAUUAUUGAUCAAUGUGUCAGAAGGAGCUCUCCCCGUUCCUAAACCCAAAAGAAAUGUUGGGGUAUUUAGAUAGCCUUCAAAAGGGCCAUAUGCAAAUCUCUUCCAGCAUAUCCAGGCCUUAAAUUAUGUAACUAUCGGUGUGUAUCAUCUCAUUAUGAAAAGUGAUUGUCUCAAUGCAAUACAUGACUACAGUGGCAAAAUUAUAUUUUUAAAAAUCUAACCGCCAUGAUGCAGCAAUAAAGGAAGUCACAGUGGCUGUUACAUAAAUACAAAUAUAUUUUAGGGGACGGCGGAUGCUUUUACAGUGGAAUGAGAUUCUUGAGAUAUAUGUAUAAAUUUAGAUUUAGUCCCCAAGGGUGCUUGUUGCUAAAUGAUGUGAGCAAUGCUUUUUUUCUUUUCUAUUAUAGGAUUACAAUUUAAUCUUCUAUGAAUGCAGUGCUCUGUCAGGCGACGGCAUAAACAAGUCUGUCCGACACCUGGCCAGGUAAGGAAAAGUGUUGAGGAUGCUUUGCAAACUAGGGUCCAUCAGGUUUUAUAAAUGGGUUCCAGUGAACGAGUGUGUUCAUGAUGUUUGAGUGGUCCUGGUGUUGGUGUUGCUUCUCAUACCAGGAACUCAGUGAAGAAAACUAUUAUGCCACCAUCAGUAGGAGAAUUGUAUACCAAGUACACGAAUAAGAUUUGAAAUGGGAAAAGGAGCAUUCAGCAUGAGUUGGGAAAGUGAACAUUGGUGUAGCUUCUAUUUGGAAUUGUAUAUCAGAAUCAUUCUUUGGUGAUCUAUGGCAAAUGGUUAUGAGUGUUGGUCUAGCUCUUCAAUGCACUCAUGAGCAAUAUUUCAUUAUCUUAACUGUGUUUCAUUGUCACUUUGAAAAGGGUUUUUGGCAUGUAAGUAGCCUAGCUUAGUUUAAAAGGAUAAUUCGUCGAAGGUAGAUCCAGAGGUGUAAUUUGGGGGGGGGGUUGUAAGGCCGGUUGCCCCAGGGUGCAAAAUAGUUGAGGCAAAAAAUUUCGACCACCUGGUGCUGCCUAUUGUUGUAAACAAAAAUCUGUCCUUUUUCCCUUAUGGGGUAUCCAAGAGCCCAUAUAGAGUCCUUACAUAGGUUCCCUAUUGGUAGGAGAAAAUAACAGAGGCCAACCAGAGAAUUUUGAAAAGCAAAGCAGCUAGUAAGCCUGAUCUUUAUUGAUUUGUUGCAACAGGGUGCUCCCCUCAACCGCAGGAGAGGAGGAGGAACCCAGAACAAUGGCACGCAAGGCCUUAUAUGGACUUUUGAAAUUGCCACCCUGUAGAUCAAGACCACCCCCAGAAAAUCAUACAUACAUCACAGAAGGGAGGGGUGUAACCUAAGACCACCCCCCAGAUACAUCAUACCUACAUCACAGAAAAGGCGGCCUAAAACAGAAAUUUGAAUGUUGUUUUUCUCCUGUCCUUGUUUAUCUCCUGUCUGGCAGGUUAUUUGAUUGGAUUGCCUGGGGAGCCUGGCCAGUCUUUUGUAAUGAUAAAUACUUAGUUCCUAGGCCAGGUCACAGGCUCACACCCUAUUCAAACACAGACAUACCCUUAAGACAGGAUUUGUGAAGGAAAAGGCAAUGGGGAGGCUUUUCCAUUUUCCUUUGACCUUGCAGAGAAAACAUUUGCUCAGUUUGGGAAUCAAAAUGGUUCCAGGUCAGUCUUCCUGUGCUGAUCUAUGUACGUGCUUGGUUGGUACACUUAUGGACAUUUAACAUAUAUCUAAGACCUCAAAAUUCCUAUCACACUGUACACAGCUGCACACUUCCACUUCAAGCAGCUUCUCCAUGCAAACCAGGAAAUGACCUCUCCAGACAACUGGGCAACUCUUCUUUUCCUAUCUCUGUGGCUGUGAUCUGCUGGGUAACGUGGAUGCCAUUGGGCAUGCAUACUAUGUCCAGUUCCCACCCACCCACCCUCUGUGCAACCCCGGGUGCUGGCAAUCCAUUCUACACCACUGGUUAGAUCUAUCAAUGGCUAUUAACCCAGUUGGUUAACAGAACAUAAUAUUCACAUUCAUAGGUCAAGAGGUUCAGUUUCUGGAGAGAAAGCACAAGGUGGUGGUGGUGGGGCACCCCACACUCAAGCUUUGCUCAGUGGGCUUUAUAGAUGCAUAGAACUACGUGUUGUUGUAAGCAGAUGGCCCUUGAGCCAAUUCAACAAAUUACUGUUUAUGUUUCUUUCUGUAGGGUUUUAAAAGAACAAGAAGAAAAGGUGAAGGAAAAAACUAUUCAGCUACAUCAAGCCUCCAAGAAGAAGACUUGUUGUACCAGGCAGUAG